AUGGAUUCUCCAUGGCUCAUUGAUGACGCUUCUGGACUAUCUAACUUGCAAAAUGCAAUGUAUGAUGCACACAAGACUGUUUAUAAUGAAAAUGGCCACCAAGCUGUUUCCUAUACAACUUCUCUAGAAAAUGAUUCAAAAUUCACUGAUAUUCAAAAAACUAGUAUUGAACUAACUUCCGACCAGUUGCAUUUCUUGGAUUAUCGAUAA